AUGGCCGAGUUCACAGAAUUGUUUCCAUUGGGCGAACAAUUUGAUGGUUUGAUGCACGUGUAUGUGUAUGUCAUCACAUUUGAUCUUCCAACUCUAUUCAUUGUUCUAUUCAUACUCACAGCGUUGUUCUUCAUCUUGUAUCGAAUUCUCAACGGUUUGUUCUUCUGGUUAUUGGAAAUGAGGCCAAUUGAACAUGAUAUUGAAGAGGGUAAUACUAAUACCCAUUUAGCCAAUUAUGGGGAAACUGAGCCAUCUCACCAUUUUACAAUAUUUCAUGCCCUUGUGCAUCCUUGGGCAUUGGUGGCUGCAUUUGAAGGAGCUUUUAAUGAGAAAAGAGGACAAAGACUUAGAGCUUCCAAGAAAUUGCCCCCUUUGGUGAAUUAUGGAAAGCAUGGUGUCACAAGAAGUUGUGGUGAGGAAUGUGCCAUUUGCAUGGAAGAAUUCAAAGUUAGUCAAUUGUGUCAAGUUUUUCCCGAGUGCAAGCACAUUUUUCAUUCUGAUUGCAUAGACCACUGGUUGCAGAAGAAACUAACUUGCCCAAUAUGUCGUAGUUGUAUAUAG